UAAAACAAACUGCAAAAACUUACUAAAUAAAAUGAAUAAUUUCUCAGUAUUUUUGAGUUUUAUGGCAACAAUUGCCUUAGCCUGUGCUACCGAUUAUUGUUCCAACUCAAUUUGCGGAAAAGAUGUUAAACAUAUUGCUUGCGGAAAUAAUGGGAAAUUUGAUGCCUCUUGUUCCGGGGAUGCUAAAAUGGUUAACAUUAACGAUUCACUGAAAAAACUUAUAGUUGAUGCACACAAUGCUAAACGUAACUUCAUUGCCGGUGGUGGUGAUUCCAAACUAAGUCCUGCUUGCCGCAUGCCCACCAUGCAGUGGGAUAAUGAAUUGGCAGCCGUUGCUGCUUACAAUGUUAAACAAUGUAAAAUGGCUCACGAUAAAUGCCACAAUACUGAUGCCUUCAAAAGCUCCGGACAAAAUCUGGCCUGGAUGGGCUACUUUGGUGCUGCCAAUGAUGCUGAAAAAUUGAAUCAAGCCGUUGAAAUGUGGUACUCUGAAGUUAAGGACACCAAACAAUCGCAUAUUGAUUCGUAUCCUAAUGGUUAUAGUGGACCUACCAUUGGUCACUUCACUGUCAUGAUGGCUGAUCGUAAUAUUCGCGUUGGUUGUGCUGCCUCGACUUACUCUCCAGCUGGUCAACCUUAUAAGGCUUAUUUGGUUGCCUGUAACUACGCCACCACUAACAUGAUAAAUUUCCCCAUCUAUGCUAGCUGCAAGAAGGCUGGUGCCUCUUGCACCACUGGCACCAAUUCGAAAUAUCCCAACUUGUGCUCUGCUUCUGAACAUUAUGAUGUGAACAAAUGGUUCUAAAUUGAGGUGAAGCAAUUGAAAUUUUUUUCAAAAUAAAUAGUUUCUGAAAUA